AUGAUUCUUACUGCAAAGAAGGAAUUAUUUCUUGCUAAUAAAGAGAACAAGCAGAGAUUUAUCAACAUGCUAAGUGAAAAACUGCAAUUAGCUGGAUGUGACGUACAUCAUGCAAAAGGUGAUGCUGAUUUAUUAAUAGCACAAACAGCAUUAACAUCAGCUGAGAGUAUGAACACUGUCCUAGAAGGGGAAGAUACAGAUCUUCUGGUUAUUUAUGUUGUUCGAAAUCCAAAAGAUGUCCUUGUAUCUUUAAACCACCAAAUAAAUAUUUCACCGUACCGGUCAUCGUAUGAAUCAUUUCAAGACAUUUUGGACGACUUUAUGAGUGGUCAGACCAUACAAGGUGAAUGGCCUGCACAUGUUACGCACUGGUGGAUCAAAAAAGAAAAAGACAAUGUGCUGUUUUUAAAAUAUGAAGAUAUGAAAAAGGACUUGGAAGAAACAGUUCGGGCAGUAUGCGCUUUCCUUGGAAAGACACUGACAAGCGAACUAAUACAGCGCAUAUCUGACGAAUGUACCUUUGAAGCGAUGAAAAAGCGCAAAGUGAAAGACCAUUUGUGUAAAAUUUUUGGGAUAGACCCUUCUUUAUCGCCAUUCAUAAGAAAAGGUAAAGUGGGGGGUUGGAAAGAUCAUUUUACUGUUGCUCAGAAUGAAGUAUUUGAUAAAUGGUACCACGAGGCACUUGAAGGAACUGGACUGUCAUUUGAUUUUAUUGAGUAG